UGGCAACUAUAUAUUAAACAAGCCUUCUUUCUUCUUCUUCCAUUCGAAUUCCUAUUUAUCUUUCUUUUUUCCAUAAAACUCACAACCAAAUGGAGAAAGCAGAAGAAGAAAGCGUUGAUUUGGGUGAAAUAUGUCUUCGGCCCCUUCAAGUCUCAGACCUGGAUGAUCUGUUGGUGUGGACCAGUGAUGAAAAGGUUGCGGCUUUUUGCUCUUGGGAUCCUUACAGCAGCAAAGACGAGGGCAUUAACUUCAUCCAGAAUAUAGCAAGCAAGUUUCUGUGGUGCAGAGCAAUAUGCCUCAAGGAUCGUGCUAUUGGCUGUAUUUCCCUGUCCUCGAAUUCAGAGCACGAUAAAAGCAGGAGCAGAUCCGCGGAACUAGGGUAUGUGCUGGGUUCCAAAUACUGGGGCAAAGGGGUUGCCACGGUGGCUGUGAAAAAAGUGGUUAAGGCUGCUUUGUCUGAGUUGCCACACUUGGAGAGGAUCGAAGCUCUUGUUGAUGUGUUCAAUGUUGGGUCUCAGAGAGUGCUGGAGAAAGCUGGUUUCCAAAAGGAGGGGAUUCUCAGGAAGUAUAUCUUCCAAAAGGGAAAACCCAGAGAUAUGGUCAUCUUCAGUCUUCUCUCUACUGAUCCCAAGCCUUCAUUUCCUUAAUUUGUUUUACACUUCGGAAGAAAUAUGUCAUUUCAAUUAUAAUUAUUCCAACGAAUAUUUCUUUUACAUUCCUUAUUCAUUCAUUUUUAGUCGUUGUCAAAUUUCAAAGAACUAAUUAUAAAGUUCACGAUAAAAAAAAUAGUUUUCAUUAUU